AUGGCGAUUACCACUCGUAGUGGUAAGGUGUUAUCUAGCACUUCUAUGGGCAAAGUUGUGGAGAAGGAGGUAAGUGUUGAUAAAUUGGAAGGAAGCAAUCUAGGGGAGUCUGAGAAGAUGGAUGGCUUUGUUGACAUAUCAGAGAAAGAAAACAACAAAAAAGAGGAACUAACUGUGAAUGUCCCAUUGAUGGAGGAACUUGAGCAAAUGCCGUACUAUGAUAAAUUUAUGAAGGAAUUACUAACAAAGAAGCGGAAGGUAAGUUGUGAGCCGGUGGACAACAUCCAUCACCGUGGUGCUGUGUCUUCAGAAUCCUUAGUGCAGAAAAAGCCUGAUCCUAGAGCAUUUACUAUACCGUGCACAGUUGGGUCCAUGAAUUUUACCAAAGCUUUAUGUGACAUAGUAUCAAGUAUAAAUCUGAUGCCGCUUGAUAUCUACAAAAAUCUUGGAUUGGGGGAGCCUACCUCCACAACGAUACAUCUUGUUAUGGCAGACAGAUCGGUGAAAUGA